UGGGAGCGGAUGCCUGAGUCGGGACACGUAAGAUUCAACUCACUGGGCUAGUGUGCUCUCCCGGAGGUCGGACAACUGCGUGUUUACAGACAUGCGAGGAAUUUAAUGUCAAGAAUACCGACAGAAAGCAACAGAAAGUGAGUUUGAGAGUCAGGGCUUGGACUUGGUUUGACUGCUGUCAAGUUUUUCAAAGUUUGGAAUCAAGUUGGGAAUCAAGGUUUGGAUCCUUCAUAACAUUUAUUCUGUGCAUUCUCAAUGGUUCGAAGAUUAUUGACGAUCAGGAGGUAGUUUUCAUAGUUGUUGUGACAUUUUGAAACAUUUUUAAUGAAACCACAUGCACAAAAGUUUACAUGAAGAGGGAAAAGUCUGGUUUUCGAGGAACGGGAAAGUUUGGACCUUGGUGAAGAACUGCCUUUUCUGCUGAGGGGGGAAAGCAUGCAUUAUUGAAACUACACUUCUAACUGCUACGGUGUGACGGCUGCUCACCUCUAACACACACACACACACACACAGAUGUCGGAGGAGGAGAACCGACUCGCUGCCAGCGCGCCCGAACCCCCUGACGGGCCAGCAGCGCCAGCCUCUCAGCCCUCCACAGUGGACAGCGCUCCCCCCGAGACUGGGACAGGGAAGGAGCGAAGACACGGGCAGGAAGAGGCAGCUCGGACAGAAACACCGGUCAUCUCCACGGAGACAGCAUCGUCCAAGGAUGAGGAGCCUGGCGUCAACAACAACAACAUCAUGUCCCAGCCGGACCUGAGCGCACCGCACAAGAGCAUCACGAGUCCACCAGACCCCAGCACACCGCACAAGAGCAUCACGAGUCCAACGGACACGAGCACACCGCACAAGACCAUCACGAGUCCACCGGACCCCAGCACACCGCACAAGAGCAUCACGAGUCAGCCCCAGGCGCGUUCCACCCCGUUCCAUCGCUCAGGCGAGAGCGCGGCCCUCCUGAGGAACGGAUCUCGGCCGCACACGCAGCAGCCGCAGUCCAAUGGCAUGAGGAACGCCGGCCCCUCGCUGCCCCACGCCGCCUCUUCCUCAUCCUCCUCUUCCUCGUCCGCGGGGCAGAAGAACCCCAAGAAGCUACAGUCCAACCCCUCCAUCACCAGCCAGACCAGCAAGCGCAGCAAGAGCAGCUCCAAGUCCAACAGCUCGCAAAUACCUACCGAGGCACAGGACGAUUGCUGCGUUCACUGCAUCCUGGCGUGCUUGUUCUGUGAGUUCCUGACGCUGUGCAACAUCGUGCUGGACUGCGCCACGUGCGGCUCCUGUGCGUCGGACGACGCAUGCUUCUGCUGCUGCUGCGCCUCGGAGGAGUGCGGUGACUGCGACCUGCCCUGCGACCUCGACUGCGGCAUCAUCGACGCCUGCUGCGAGUCCGCCGACUGCCUGGAGAUCUGCAUGGAGUGCUGCGGGCUCUGCUUCUCCUCCUGAGCCAAUCAAACGCCAGCUCUUAGCUGUCACUCACAUGCUGCCUGCACUCCUAUUGGCUCAGGGCCUCCAGAGGUCAGCCUUGGGCCCAGCCAAUGAGAGGAUCUCUGUUUUAGCUCUUCCGUCUGAAACUUAGCGGACACUUCAUCGUCAGCCCUUAGGACUCUAUGAGACGGCCGAUGGAGCAGUGACUGGAAACAGAAUUCGGUGCUCAGUGACUGAGUUUCGUCUGCACAUUUCCGAACAUUUCAACUUGGCUGGUUUUUCAUCCAAUCAGCAGCUGGAGACUCAGUCAUGUGACCCAGUGUGGAGACAGGAUGUGUGUGUCUCUCGUAUGAAAGCCCCACACAACAGCACACUGCGCUGAGUGGCACAAACUAGUUUUCUGUGGCAAGUUUAGUGUAGUUUCUCUGCUAAUUGUCAUUAGGAAUAAUAUUGUUAGCAUAGUUUAGUGGGAUCUUACUGGAGAUUAGCCCCUGUUAGCGUAGCUGUGUUGACAUAGAGAGGUCACACAGCUGACUGUGGGCCGUACCUUUGGUCAACAUGCGAUACUCUUCUGGAAUUCUUCAAGACUGGACAUCAGUGAUCUCGAUAUUAAUGUUCUGUGAUGUUUGGUACUCUUUAGAGAGAGUGUAAGGGUUAGCAUUCAUAAUAUGGAGUUACAAAUCUAAUGCUACUAUGGAGAAACAUCCAAGUUUACUAGCACUUCACUAACAAGCCUUAGUUUUACUCAUCAGUAGUCUAUGUCAGGAUGUGGGUAAGCAUCUUUACACGUGAGCUCUGUUUAUUCUUGGUCACAGUGGAACUAAAGCAUGAGGGUGCUGUGCUUUCCUUCUCUGUGUAAUCUUGUGUCUAAUUCUGUUCAUAGAUGGGAAGAGAAGCGUGUCAGAAAUGCUGGAAAAUUGCUCUCAUUCAUCUCUCUAUUCAAAAGCAUUUGAUUUCAACCAUUGAAGUGAAAUGAAAUAUCUUUUUUCUUUCUUUUAACGUUUCAAAUAGCCUUGUUUAAAGUGAUUAUUCUUCAGUGUGCUGGAGACAGCUAGAGACAGCCACAGGCAUUAGAGGCGGUAGAGUAGGUACCCGAGUCAUUAGUUGGAUUUUGUCUUUCGUGUUCUUUGAUCCUUUCAUCUCAUGUGAAAUCUGGAAAUGGUUCCGAGUUCUACGACGCCCCAGUAAAAGUAGGGAUCAUUAACAGAGACGUGUGUUUUUGUGUUCUUCUCGGCACUCAUGAAUACCUCAUUGAUGGGCCGGUUCUGCAGCUGUUGCCAUGGAGCCUCUGGUACAGACUAACACCAAUCAAUUAUCUGUUCUGUGUCCUUAGCCUCUGGUACGGACUAACACCAAUUAUCUGUUCUGUGUCCUUAGCCUCUGGUACGGACUAACACCAAUUAUCUGUUCUGUGUUCUUAGCUUCGCUAUGAAAACAUACUAAAUCACCAAACAAAUAUUCCAAUGCCCAACAUCAACAUGUACAGUAUGAAUAAAAUAAAAAUGUCCAAUGUG